UAUUUAUCUUGCUUGUGUUGUCCCCAGAUGAAUUUUUCCUUGUCCUCAAAGUGCUUCCUUUCUUCAUUCCCCAUCUCACACACAACACAACACAACAAACACAUUCACACCACAGAGCAAAGGGAGAGAGACUGGGAGGGACUCACCUCACCUCACCUCACUCACUCAUCAAUGGCAGAUUCAAGCCCUUACACCAAACCCCAUUUCCCACUUUCCGACCACAGCUCCCGGAUCCAACCAAAACCCACCAACCAAGGUAAGUCUUGCUCAGGUUUCAUCCUUAAAGUUCUAUUCUUGGCACUGUUUGUCGCUGUUCUUCCACUUUUUCCCUCCCAAGCCCCUGACUUUGUGAGCCAAACCAUACUCAACAAGUUCUGGGAGCUUCUCCACCUUCUCUUCAUUGGCAUUGCUGUCACCUAUGGUUUGUUUAGUAGAAGAAAUUCAGAACUUGACACCACACACACAGAAUUAGAAACUACUCACUCUAGUGCCAAUGAUUCCACUGCUGCUGCUCCUAGUUAUGUGUCCAAAGUGUUUCCUGCUUCUUCCAAUAUUUUUUAUGAUAAUGGGUGUGAUAACGAAAAUGGAAAUUCUUGUGAGGUUGAUGAGAAGAUGGUGCAUUGUUGGAAUAAUCAGUACUUUGAUGGGGGGCCAGGGGGUGUGUGCUCCAAUGGGGGUGGUACUGUUGGUGUUUUUGAUGAACAGUACAAAACCCAUUUGCCAAUUUCUGAAGAUAGUUUUGGUUAUUCUGUUAGAUGUGAUGGGAAUGGAAUUGGAACCGGUGUGGUUCAAGCUUGGAAUUCUGAGUACUAUCAUAGUGAGCCAGUGGUGGUUGUGGCUCAACCAAACUGCAACACCGGUGAAUGUGGGGAGGUUGUUGAUUAUAAACCUCUAGGGCUACCGAUUCGCAGUUUGAGAUCGGUUGCUAGAGAGGUAGAUAGUUCUAGAUAUGCCAAUGAAAGUGAUUCCAGUUCAGUUUCAAGGGGUUCUUCUAGCGGAUUGGGUAAGAGCGGAGAUAGGGAAUUUGGGGAUCUGGGUCCUUCCAAUUUGGAGAAAAAAUUUAAUGAUGCUGCUGCUGCUGGUGGAUCAGCUUCUGCGAUUCCCUGGUGCUCAACGAAUAGAUGGACGGAAAGGGAGAAGACAUUUGGCAAUGUUACCAGUCCUUCGCAUUUUAGGCCACUUUCAGCUGAUGAAACUAAAUUUGAAGCACUCAGUUCAGGGUCCAUGCAGUCAACAACAUCUUUCUCUUCCCAUACCAAUAUGUAUUCUUCCUUGGAUUCGAUUUUGUUGGAUAAUAUGAACUUUCAAGAGGAAGAGAUGAGGCUAAAGGAAGCUUCCUAUGUUUCUGCCUCAGAAAAGAUGAAUUUUCAAGAGGAAGAUGUAGGGCAAAGGAAGACUUCCUUUGUGCCUGUUUCAGAAAUUAUGAAUUUCCAAGAGGAAGAUAUGGGACAAUGGAAGACUUCCUAUGCGCCUGCUUCUGAAAAUACAAAUUUUCGAGAGAGAGAUUCGAGGAAGAAGAUUUUCCAGGGGUCUUCAUCAAGAAAUAGAAAGAUGGCAACUAAAGGAAAAUAUGGUGCUGCUUCUUUUCCUUCACAUUUCAGGCCAAUGUCAGUUGAUGAAACUCAAUUUGACUCACUCGGUUCAAAUUCAAAUGCUUUUGAGGCUGUGAGAUCCUUCUCUUCCAACGCAAGAAUGUAUUCUUCCUUGGAUUCAAUUUCAUCAGAUAUGGACUUCCAAGAGGAAGAUAUGGGACAAAAGAAGACUUCCCAUAUGCAUACUUCAGAAAAUAUGAAUUUUCAGGAGGACAUGGGACACAAGAAGACUUCCUAUGUGCAUGAUUCAGAAAAUGUGAAUUUCCAAGAGGAGGAUAUGGAACAAAAGAAGACUUCCUAUGUGCCUGCUUCAGAAAACAGGAAUUUCCAAGAGGUGGAUUUGGGAAAGAGUUCCCAGGUGUCUUCUUCUGGAAAUGGAAUGAUUGAAUCUAAAGGAAAAUAUGCGGGUGAUUCCCGUCCUUCGUAUUUCAGGCCAAUGUCAGUUGAUGAAACUCAACUUGAAUCACUCAGCUCACGGUCUUUCCAGUCUAUGGGAUCUUUCUCAUCUCAGUCAAGUUUAUGUUCUUCCCUGGAUUCUGCUUUGUCAGAGAAUAUGAACUCGCCAAAGGAAGAACAUGGAUCUUCUUCAAGUUCACCAUCACCUUUGGCUAGGAGGAAUGGUGAAGCUUCAUUGCAAGCAUUUCAAGCUCGUGGAUAUACUAAUGGUUCCUUACCACCGGAUGACAUAAAGAGCAGUUUGAAUGGUGAAUUGAGGGGUUUAAAUGAGAUUGAAGGUGAGGAUCCCCCUGGCAAAAUAGAGUCGCGGAUACAUGUUUUGCAGUCGGACUCAGAAAAGCCUGCAAGAGUAGCAAAAGCUCCAUCACAAGGAAAAUCGGUCAGAACAAGAAGAGCCAGUGGCCUGACUUCAGGGACAAUGAGAAUAGGAGAAACAUCUAGCAAGCAAACUGAUGAAAAGGGUGAAAAGAACAGUAAUAAUGUUGAGUCAGUAAUGAGAAAAGAUAGAAUGAAAAGUAGAGAACCGGACCUUCCAUUGAAAGGAGUCAGCAAGAAAACUCUGGAUUCUUAUUGUCCUAAGCCUGAGAUUAAAUUUUCCAAUCAUCAUAGGAGAGAUAAACUAGAGUCAUCCAAAAAUUUAUCCAAGCAAGAUUCGGAUAUCGAGCUUGAGAAUACUCAGGUGAGCUCAUAUGAAAAUGGGGUACCUGAAUGUGUCAAUGAUUCAGAUCUGGAUUCUGAGGUGGAUAAGAAAGCUAGUGAAUUUAUAGCCAAGUUCAAAGCUCAAAUCAGGCUUCAGAAAAUAGGAUCUAUUGAAAGAUCAAAAGAGCAAAAGAUCACUCAAAACAAGAUUAGGUGAUUUGUAAACUAUUGUGCUCCAAUUGUUUCUAACCCAAUGAACACAGAGUUCAUCAGAGAGAGAUCUUGUGAUAUUAUGUUUCAUUGAGUUUCCUUCAUUUUAGGAGAUUUGAUUUUCUUCUUAUGUUUUUGCAUAACUGAUGAAGUUCAAAUUCUGUCAUUUUGUGGCAGCAGGUCUUCCACUUAUUUAUUUUCACAUACAACAAAAUAUUUAUGGAUAUCACUUUUGGUGCCACUGUUUCUUUCUCAA